UCUUAGCGCUCUCUAGCCAGUCAGCCGCGUAUUAGUCUGGUCGGUGGUGUCGUCUUCCCUAGCAGGUGACCGCGGCGAGAUAGGCUGCGGCCCAGAUGUGGAGCUGGAGGGCCGGGGCCUUGCUUCGGGGAUGGGGGCGGCGACUGGCGGGGGCCCCCGGAAGGAGACUGCUAAGCUGCAACGCUGCCUCGCAGGCAGGAAGCAGUGCGCCGCGGUGUUGGAAGUGCGGCAGCCCAGGGGCCCCUGCGCGGGGGCACGGACUCUUCUGCCCGCAGUGCCGCGCGCUACAACCACCUGACCCCACCCGAGACUACUUCAGCCUCAUGGAUUGCAACCAUUCCUUCAGAAUUGACACCAUAAAGCUCCAGAAUAGGUACCAGCAACUACAGCGACUUGUCCAUCCAGAUUUCUUCAGCCAGAGAUCUCAGAUCGAAAAGGAAUUAUCAGAGAAGCAUUCAACCUUGGUGAAUGAUGCCUAUAAGACUCUUCUGGCCCCCCUGAGCAGGGGACUAUACCUACUAAGGCUCCAUGGAAUAGAGAUUCCUGAAGGGACACAUUAUGAAAUGGACGAUCAGUUCCUCAUGGAAAUAAUGGAAAUUAAUGAAAAACUUGCAGAAGCUCAAAAUGAAGCUGCCAUAGAAGAGAUUGAAUCCACUGUCAGAGGUCUGUUUUUUUGCCAAUCCGUGCUGUUUUUAUCACAGUAACUUUGUAAUAUACUUUCAAGUCAGGGAUUGUGAUGCUCCCUCCCUAGCCUUUGUUGCUGAGAAUUGCCUUUGCUAUUCAAGGUUUCUUCUGCUUCCAGAUAAAUUUUAGAAUUCUUUUUUCCUGUUUCCGGCUGCACGAGUCAGGUCAUGUGUCAGAGACGCCAAAGUUGAAACUUUUCUUCCCAUGCCUGAGGCUGCCCCCCCCCCCCCGGCCCACCCUGGCAGCUCUGCAGCUGUCACCAUGCCACAAAAUGAAUAUAUUGAAUUACACCGUAAAUGUUACGGGUAUCAUUUGGAUUACCAUGAGAAAAAGAGAAAGGAGGAAAUUUGAGCCCAUGAACAUUCAAAGAAGGCAAAAAAAAUGAUUGGCCUGAAGGCUAAGCUCUACCAUAAACAGCACCAUGUCAAGAAAAUACAAAUGAAGAAGACUAUCAAGAUGCAUGAAAAGAGAAACACCAAACAAAAGAAUGAUGAAAACUCCUCCUUUUUCUAUCUGCUGGAUAGAGAGGGACAGUCUUGGCCAAAAGUACUUUCCAACAUGAUUAAACAAAAACGAAAAGGAAAGGCGGGAAAAUGCGAAGUCCCUCUGCCCAAAGUUCGUGCACAGGGAGAGACAGAAGUAUUAAAAGUUAUUUGAACUGGAAAGAGAAAAAAAGAAGGCAUGGAAGAGGAUGGUUACUAAAGGCUGCUUUGUUGGAGAUGGCUUUACAAGAAAACCACCAAAAUACGAAAGGUUCAUUAGGCCAAUGGGCUUACGUUUCAAGAAGGCCCAUGUAACACAUCCUGAACUGAAAGCCACCUUUUGCCUGCCAAUACUUGGUGUGAAAAAAAAAUCUUUCAUCACCACUAUAUACAACUUUGGGUGUUAUUACCAAAGGUACAGUGAUUGAAGUGAACGUGAGUGAGCUGGGCCUUGUGACACAAGGAGGCAAGGUUAUUUGGGGUAAAUAUACCCAGGUAACCAACAAUCCUGUGAAUGAUGGAUGCAUCAAUGCAGUCUUACUAGUUUGAAAGAUGUUUCAUACAAUAACUUCUUACACUUAUUGACGACUACUGUGACCAAUCAGGAAAACCACCAUUACUGUGAAUACUACCACAACUUUCAUAACCGCAGUCAUCAAGAGAAUUAUUUAUUAAAUUGUAAGAACAUUAAAAUGGCCCAGUUU